AUGACUAACCUGCGGCCGGGCCCGCGCGCCCUCGCGCACUGCUGCCUGUCCCGGCUCUGGAUGGCGGUAGCUCUGCUCCUGUUCGGUUUGCCACGGCUCUCCGUGCGGGCGGAUGGAAAGCUGUUUGUGCUGGAGGCUCCCCCGGGCUCCGGUGGCCUGGGGCUGGAGGCGGCUAGACUUUCCUGCCAGAGCAGAGAUGCGCACCUGGUGUCGGCGGACGAGCUGCGCAGAGUGGUGCGGGACUGCACCUUGGCAGUGUGCGCCACGGGCUGGCUGGCAGACGGCACCCUCGGGACGACUGUGUGUAGCCGAGGGAGCGGUGAACGGCACAUCAUGAAAGCUAUCGAUGUGAUGAUUGAGACAAGCCCAGCUCCUGGCGGUGCCUACAGCGCCCUUUGCAUGAAGGAUGAAGAGAAACCGUGUGGAGACCCGCCUUCGUUCCCACACACCAUGCUGCAGGGCCGCACCGGCUUGGAGAUGGGGGAUGAGCUGCUGUACGUGUGUGCCCCAGGCUCAGGCAGCGGGCAGCGCGAAAUGGCCUUCACGCUCCUGUGUAACAGCUGCGGGGAGUGGUAUGGCCUGGUGCAGGCCUGCGGCAAGGAGGAGGCCGAGGCACACGUUGACUAUGAAGACAACUUCCCGGACGACAGAUCUGUGGCAUUCAGAGAGCGCGGGUCGGACGCCCGCCCGGAGGCAGAGGAGGACGGGCCUGCGGGAGAGGCCAGUGAAGAGGCGCAGACAGGAGACCGUGGGGUGUCGGUCUCUGCAGGGGCAGAACACCUAGUCCGAGACGAGGCUGCCAUGCCAAGCACCGGCUCUCCCCACACCACCGUGGGUAGCAGCGUCCCCACAAACUGGCCGGGACCCCGACUCAGUCAGAAGUACUUGUUCCUGUCUCCUGAGGAGCCGUUCCACAAGCCCAAGGUGGAGAAGGAGGUGGGUGAGGACACCAAGAAGCAAUUCCCUGCUGGAGAUAACCAUAGUGGGAUCAAACGGGUUCCAGGUCGCCCUGAAGCCAAGGUGGUCUCUGGCAGCCCUCAAGGCCCCUGGGGACCCCUGGUGGGCGGCAAUGACAGCAGGGCGGGCGAGCCAAUGGUGAGUAGCAGCGAUGGGUCCUGGUUAGAUGGCUACCCUGUGACAGAUGGAGCCUGGAAGAAAGAGGAGGCUGAGGAGGAGGAGAAAGAGGAAGAGAAGGCGGAUGGGUUGGUAAGCCUGGAUGACGGUGGCCUCACGACUCCCGCUCAGCCCAUUCUGGUGGGGGCCACGCAGGCCUGGAGUAUGGCCCCCACACGGAGCAGGGGUGUCACCCCGCCUUCAGCCCUUACCUCUGAAACGCCAGAUGUGGAAGCUUUGGCUGUCACCCCCGUGAACACGUCUGAGACUGAGAGUGCCCGCAGCGGGCUUGGCGACACGACCAGGUUCCCGGCAACCAUCCCUUGGAGAGUCACCACAGAAAAGUCUCCCACAGCCACUCUACCCUCUGACCUCAACAGCGCCGCCCUGGAGCCCGGGAGGACCACUGCUGCACGGCUGACACAUCAUCCCCACAUCCCCUCCAGCAGCAGAGCAGCCACCCAGCCUCCCAGGGACACCACGGCUCCUGGGGGCCGGGACAGCUUCCCGUACCUACUGUCGGAGGACUUCCUGGGACAGGAGCCUCCGAGGCCGGGUGCAAGCGAGGAGGAGCUCUUGCCAAGCCCGGAGCCGUGCGUGGGGGGCAGGUGUCCCAGCCUGGGGAGAGGCCCCGUGAUCGCCACCGUGGUCACCGUCCUGUGCCUGCUGCUGUUUUUGGCGGGAGUGGGGGCCGUGUGCGGCUACCGUAGGUGCCAGCAUAAGAGCUCUGUGUACAAUUUGAACGGCGGCCAGCGGCCUGCCCGGCACUAUCAUCAACAGAUCGAGAUGGAAAAGGUCUAG